UGCGCAGCAGGUUAGUAUGAUCCGACUUCCAAGGCGACUUGAGACAUUACUAAGCGGUUUCUGGACUCCUGUAGGCACCAUGAUCUCUUCUAAAAGAAAAAAAGAUAAAGAUCAAAGAUGCUUCUUCUGGAGCUCAAUCCCGUCUAUAAUCAGGUGGCUGAAGGGAAGGCUGUGGACUCGCCUGCGCUUUGUGUGGCUGGGUCUCAUGUUACUGGGCCUCUUCUGCGUGGCCAUUCAGCUGCUGGAUGUGGUCAGGCUGUCCAGGAAGAACGAAACUCUGAAUGAGAUUUUCAAUAAGAAUUUCUUCAACAUGAAGUUCCCCUUUAAUAAAUGGUCUGACGGUGCACUGGUCUCAGCAACGGGCAGAGUGAUGGACGGUGAACCAAGCACACGACUUGCCACCAGACCAGCAAUGCAGAGGGUGGCCUCCUGCCAGCCGAAGAGACACAUCUUUUUCCUGAAGACGCACAAAACUGGCAGCAGCACCAUUCAGAACAUCCUCUACCGCUAUGGGGACAGCAGGAACCUGACAUUCGCUCUGCCUCCUGGCAAGCAGAACCAGUUUGCCUACCCCGACAUGUUCUCGGCUGAUUUUGUUCAGGGUUUCCUCUCGAAGUUCAUCCCAAUAUAUCACAUUAUGUGUAACCACAUGAGGUUUGUGCCACAUGAGGUAAACAAGGUUAUGCCAGUAGACACAUUCCAUUUCUCCAUCUUGCGAAAUCCAGUAUCUAUGAUGGAAUCCAUUUUCAUGUACUUCAAAGCUGAAAUAUUUCAGAUGGUCAACAGCCUAGAUGAGUUCCUGGCUGAUCCAGGGAAGUUCUAUAACACAUCAUUGCCCAGCAGCUACUAUGCGAAGAACCUCCUUGCCUUUGACUUUGGCUUCAAUGAGAUGACGCAGGCCCAACUUGCCAUCAGCCUGAUUGAGAAAAACUUUGACCUCAUUCUUCUGUCGGAUUACUUUGACGAGUCCAUGAUCCUGCUAAAGAAUGCCCUUUGCUGGACACUUGAUGAUGUGGUCUCCUUUAAGAUAAACAGCAGAAAUAAUGAUUCCAGGAUGAAGCUGCAUCCAGACACUAUAGACAAGAUCAAAGUGUGGAAUUCGUUGGACUGGAAGAUCUACCUUCACUUCAACGCCACCUUCUGGAGGAAGGUGGACAUGAUGGUGGGGCAAGAAAGAAUGAAGCAAGAGGUGGCCAUGCUAAAGCAGAAAAGGGAGCAGCUCAUGAAAACAUGCCUGCUGGAGGGGGGGGCUGUGGAUCCCUCUCAGGUGAAGGAACAAGACAUGACACCCUUACAGUAUGGUGCUGCUGUCAUCCAAGGUUAUAACCUCAAUCCUGAACUGAAGGGACCAAUCAGGAAGCAGUGCCUGGGCCUGAUCACCCCUGAGCUACAGUACACAGUAGCCCUUUAUGAAAAACAGUUCCCCAGUAUUCCUUCAAAUGGGACUGCAAUAUAACGCCGGUUUCACAUUAAGGCUGUUCCUAGAGACUAAGCCCCAAGGUGAACACAGAAGGACAAAGUAGAUUGACUCAAGGGGGUCUGCGGUGACAGGAUCCCAGCAUCCGCCACCAAAAGAUCUUCCCCAAAGUGCCGCCCAUGAGAAGCCUACUAAGUGUGCCUUGAAGAGUGACCCUAGGCAGAAGGGAGGUGUGCAUUUGGCUGUGCCAAACUCCGUGCCAUAGUCUGGUAAUCAAGUUAAUCCCACAGCUCUGGAGAACAAAACAUUAAACACCGGUGAUUCCCUGUACCCUGGGUUGGAUGCACUUUGAUACUUAGGAAGUGACUGUCUCGACAUUUUUUGAACUGUCUGGUAUAUAGAAGAGCACACUAUAUUGAAAAUAUGGGUUAAAAUUUAUGGUGUAGUGUUUCCUCGUCUGGUGUGUCUAUUAUCGUGUUAAUCUGAAAGGGCCUGGUUCAUAGUGAUAUGUUUAUUUUAAUCAUGCAACAAUUGCCUGUCCACUUACAUAUUAGUCACACUCAGUGAACUCGUAGAUUCAAGCGUAGAUCAUGACCAUCACAUCAUAGCUUCUCUAUGAUUAAAAGUUAAUACUGUAUACUGUGAAUACUGUAACAACAUCAUGCAAUGUGAAGUUUUUUCAACUUUGGAAUUUUUGGUACACACCAUAAAUCAUAAAGCUACUGUCCUUAAGAAUUAAUUUGUAGGUACAUGGGGAUAGAACACUAGAAAUAAAAUUUCUAUUAAAAUAUGUAUUUUUUAAAAA